AUGAGGGCAGAUGGGGCGUACAUAUACCACAUCAAAUGGCUUGGGUAUGAAACGUCAUCGGAUCCUGAAAACUUCGUCGAAGAAAAGCAUAUGAUGUGUCCAGAUCUCAUUAGAGAUUUUGAAGUACAUGAACGACGAAAGAAAAAGAAACAUUUAGAAGAACUUCGAAGAAGGAUGAAGCAAAGGCAGGAAGAGGAAUUGAGAAAGACAAAACUGGCGUGCAGUAGCAGUUCAUCCGAUGAGGAAGACGACAACGUAUGUUUUACUACGCUUAAGUCUUUAUUAAAAAAUGUCAUUGGAUUUGUUGUUUUCAGAGACCGACCGAGAUUCGUACUGCGGGAUGAUCCUUAUGGCGGAUUCAAAUACAUUUCCAGGGAAUCGGACGGUUUCAAAAAAGGAUAUAAGGCCGUGAAAGUGAGCCUUGUGACAGAACAUCCUACAAGUGGUGACGUUGUGGGUGUUGUUGUAUUUACUCACCCCCAUCAUGGAAAUCAGCUCGCUCAGUAUGUACCCUUACGAGAAAUCCACGAGAAUGCACCCAUGGAGCUUUUUCGGUACUUUUCGGACGCCAAGGGCAAGGAUCGGAAAGAGCUUGCAUUAUCGUUAUUGCUGAAGAAAACUACCCAAAUGUAA